AUGGCUUCAACAUCCACAUCCGUCGUGCGAUCUUCAACUGUUCUUGGGAAACGAAAAGUCGCUCAUCAACCAGACUAUGUCCUCCACCUUGUAUCGAGCCCAGAACCGACUGGUGGAACCGACUCCGAGGAGCCAGAAGCCUCCACCUCAAAGAAACGCGUGAAUUUAUCAUCCUCUCGAGCUCCUUCCAAAGCAAUACUUGUGAACGGAAAAUUGUUCACAUCCGAAACGAAGAAGCGUUAUGCUUGCACGUAUGAGGACUGUUCGAAAGCAUAUGCGAAACCAAUUAGGUUGGAAGAGCACGAACGCUCCCACACAGGAUUUAGACCAUUUAUAUGCAAUAUUUGCAGCAAGUCGUACCUGCGAGAAACCCAUCUUCGAGCACAUGCGCGUAUUCACCUCCCCGAUUCCGAAAAACCGUUUGUGUGCACGGUGUCUGAAUGUUUGAAGAGAUUCUGGACUAAACAGCACCUUCGAGUCCAUCUAAAUUGGCAUAACGGAGCGAAACCUUUUAUUUGUGACGAGCCCGAUUGCAGUGAAGCCUUCGCAAAACAUCACCAGCUGCGUACUCACAAGUGCACGGCUCAUGCACCUUCUGGGACCAAGCCCUAUCAGUGUCCCCAUGAUGAGUGUACAAAAUCAUUUGCAACGAGUCAGCAUUUACGAACUCAUAUGAAGGUUCACAAUGACAAGCGGUAUGCUUGUGUCCAGGGGUUGUGUGUAGAAAAAGCUGUCUUCUUCCCCACCUGGACCUCGCUGCAACAUCACAUACGCACAGAACAUCCUCCAACGUGUUCUCACCCGCAAUGUAAUGGCCGGCAGUUUGCGUCUCAAAAAGGCCUCCGAGCUCAUCAGAAACUACACGAUGAGUGCGAAGUAGAGGCAGAGCUCGAUGCUAAUGCGGUCGGAUCCGAUUUUGAAGAUGGUACAACUCGGCAACGAAAGAGACGGAGAGGAGGUGAACUAGGUCGUGAUUGGAAAUGCGAGGUGGAUGGUUGCACAAAAGAUUUCAAAUCAAGCAAAGCGCUCGCAACACAUCACAGAGUAACACAUCUCGGUCGAAGAGACUUCGUUUGUCCUUAUGAAACUUGCGGAAGUACUUUCGGGUACAAGCACAUGCUUCAACGUCACCUAGCGAAAUUGCACACGAAUUCUCUACCGAACGGGUUAGACGAAGGCGGCUCAUCUAGUUCCGACGGCUCGGAUGGAUCUUCAACAGAGGACGAAAACACCGACUCAGCUGUCCAAACAGGAAAGGCGAAAACAGUGCUGGACAUGAGCAUCGAUGCUAUUACCGGUGUAACCUACGCCAUUCAGGCCAAGGAGAAGGUUCGACAUUCCAAAGCGCUAAGAUGUCCAUUUCCGAGCUUGGAACACAUUGUGCAUACAUCUUGCGCAGGUUCGGAAGUACCAACUACCGACAUAAAAAGCUGUGAUUAUGUUUUCAGUCGUGCUUAUGACUUAAGGCGACACUUGCGGGCUCAGCAUUCUAUCGAGGCGGAUCGUUCAAGUGUUGAAGAAUGGGUUGCUGGUGCAAAGAAACAGAGAGAUCUAUGA